CUUGGAAUUGGGGUUCGGAGAAUGAGGCUGAGAUUGUCUGCUCCUGGAUAUAUCAAAACGCAUUCGGGUAUCGUGACAUGCCUCCGCGCUUGUCUAAAAUUCCGCACCCUGUGCGGAUAUGAGGUCCUGUCGCUCUGUCCUUCUCGUCUCUUGGAAGGACAAAACCGUCGAUAGUAACCUGUCAUGGGGGGAUUGGGGUUCGCAGAACAGCGCUGAGACCUCAUCGGCUCUCCCCGCACCAACAAAAAAGACACUGGGAACUACCGCCAUGUCUCCGCGCUGGUCUGGAAGUUUGAUUUCGACGUUGACAUGCGUUCUGCCGCUCUGGCGUUCUCCUCUCCAGAAUGCCCAAAAACGAUAAUGAUAACUCGUCAUGGGGGGAUUUGGGAUUCGCAGAACAGCGCCGAGACUUACUUCGUCCCCUCUUUCCACAUAAAAAAGAAGACAUUAGGGAAUACCGCCAUGCCUCCGCGCUGGUCUGGAAGUUCCCACUUCAUCUUGAUAUGCGUUCUGCCGCUUCGUCCUUCUCCUUCUCCUCUCUCGGAAGAGCAAACGCAUUCCAAGGUCACCAACAUGGAGAGUUUAGCCUCUGGACUAGACAUUUCGCGAAGUCUACCUCUUAUACUUAUCUUGUCCUUCCCUUCCUCCUUUCCUCCUUCUCGACUCGGCGGCGUUCCUUUCCGGGAUUCUAAAUGGGUUUGGAAUCCGCGUAUGUGUGCGAGCCAGACUGGAAGGGCAAGAGUUCGAGUUCUACCUCUGAUGGGGUGGGUUGCGGUGGCUGUGUGGCAAGUUCGGCACGGAUUUAAAACAAAGACGACGCAGACCCUCGAAAUGGAGACGGCAGGCGGGAGUUGAAAAAUGCGGGAGUGGAGGCUCAUGGCGUGCGGAAGUUUGGGUGUCUGCGUCGGACACAGCAAAAGGAGAAGGGUAUGGGGCGGGAGAGUGGAAUCUAGUUGGACUGCGUCCUAUGUCUGGCGGUGCUGGGGCGUCGACCGCGAG